GAAUGCGACAAAGCUGAGAAAUAUUACAAGAAAGCACUUGAAAUAGAGAAAGAGAUUGGCAACAGAAGGGGAGAAGCAACUGGCUACAGAAACUUAGGAACAUUUCUUCAUUCACUGGGUGGAUACCAGAAGGCUAAAACAUACACCGAGAAAGCACUUGCAAUCAGAAAGGAAAUUGGUGACAAAACGGGAGAAGCAGUUGAUUACGGAAACUUAGGAACAUUGUUUCAUUCACUGGGUGAAUACAAAAGGGCCAAAGAAUACACCGAGAAAGCACUUGCAAUCAGAAAGGAAAUAGGCGACAGGAACGGAGAAGCAGCUGACUAUGGAAACUUAGGAACAUUGUUUCAUUCACUGAGUGACUACGAAAAGGCUAAAGAAUACACCGAGAAAGCACUUGCAAUCAGAAAGGAGAUUGGCGACAGAAACGGAGAGGCAGUUGGCUAUGGAAACUUAGGAGCAUUGUUUCAUUCACUGAGUGACUACGAAAAGACCAAAGAAUACACCGAAAAAGCACUUGCAAUCAGAAAGGAGAUUGGCGACAAAAAGGGAGAAGCAGCUGACUACGGUAACUUAGGAACAUUGUUUCAUUCACUGGGUGAAUACAAAAAGGCUAAAGAAUACACCUACAAAGCACUUGCAAUUCGGGAGGAAAUUGGUGACAGAGAAGGAGAAGCAGCUGAUCACGGAAACUUAGCUAGAUUGUUUCAUUCACUGGGUGAAUACAAAAAGGCUAAAGAAUACACCGAGAAAGCACUUGCAAUCAGAAAGAAAAUUGGUGACAGAGAGGGAGAAGCAGCUGACUACGGAAACUUAGGAACAUUGUUUCAUUCACUGGGUGAUUACAAAAAGGCUAAAGAAUACACCGAGAAAGCACUUGCAAUCAGAGAGGAAAUUGGUGACAGAAAGGGAGAAGCAGUUGGCUACGGAAACUUAGGAGCAUUGUUUCAUUCACUGGGUAACUACGAAAAGGCUAAAGAAUACACCGAGAAAGCACUUGCAAUCAGAAAGGAAAUUGGUGACAGAAAGGGAGAAGCAGCUGACUACGGAAACUUAGGAACAUUGCUUCAUUCACUGGGUGAAAACGAAAAGGCUAAAGAAUACACCGAGAAAGCACUUAUAAUCAGAAAGAAAAUCGGCGACAGAAAGGGAGAAGCAGCUGACUACGGAAACCUAGGAACAUUGUUUCAUUCACUGGGUGAAUACGAAAAGGCCAAAGAAUACACCGAGGAAGCACUAACAAUAAGAUUGGCAUUUAGUGACAGAAAGGGAGAAGCAGCUGGUUACGGAAACUUAGGAGCAUUGUUUCAUUCACAGGGUGAAUACCAAAAAGCGAAAGAAUACACGGAGAAAGCACUUGCGAUGAGAAUGGAAAUUGAAGACAGAAAGGGAGAAGCAGUGGACUACGGGAACUUAGGAACGUUGCUUUAUUCAUUGGGUGACUACAAAAAAGCUAAAGAAUACACUGAGAAAGCACUUUUAAUCAGAAAGGAAAUUGGUGACAGAGAGGGAGAAGCAGCUGACUACGGGCAUUUGGGAACAUUGUCUCAUUCAAUGGGUGCAUACGUAAAGGCUAAAGAAUACACCGAGAAAGCACUUGCAAUCAGAAAGGAAAUUGGCGACAAAACGGGAGAAGCAGCUGAUUACGGAAACUUAGGAACAUUGUUUCAUUCACUGGGUGAAGACAAAAAGGCUAAAGAAUACACUGAGAAAGCACUUGAAAUCAGAAAGGAAAUCGGCGACAAAAGGGGAGAAGCAGCUGACUACGGGAAUUUUGGAGCCUUCUUCCAUUCACUGGGUGAAUACGAAAAGGCUAAAGAGUACACCGAGAAAGCACUUGCAAUCAGAGAGGAAAUCGGCGACAGAAAGGGAGAAGCAGCUGACUACGGAAACUUAGGAGCGUUGUCUCAUUCACUGAGUGAAUACCAAAAGGCUAAAGAAUACACCGAAAAAGCACUUGCAAUCAGAAAGGAAAUUGGUGACAGAAAAGGAGAAGCAGCUGACUACGUAAACUUAGGAGCAUUGUUUCAUUCACUCGGUGACUACGAAAAGGCCAAAGCAUACACCGAGAAAGCACUUGCAAUCAGAAAGGAAAUUGGCGACAAAAAGGGAGAAGCAGCUGACUACGGAAACUUAGGAACCUUGUUUCAUUCAUUGGGUGACAACAAAAAGGCUAAAGAAUGCUCCGAGAAAGCACUUGCAAUCAGAAAGGAAAUUGGCGACAAAAAGGGAGAAGUGGCUGACUACGGAAACUUAGGAACAUUGUUUUAUUCACUGGGUAAAUACAAAAAGGCUAAAGAAUACAUCGAAAAAGCACUUGUAAUCAGAAAGGAAAUUGGCGACAAAAAGGGAAAAGCAGCUGACUACGGAAACUUAGGAACAUUGUUUCAUUCACUGGGUGAUUACAGAAAGGCUAAAGAAUACACCGAGAAAGCACUUGCAAUCAGAAAGAAAAUUGGUGACAGAAAGGGAGAAGCAGCUAACUACGGAAACUUCGGAGCAUUGUUUCAUUCAGUGGGUGAAUACCGAAAGGCUAAAGAAUACACCGAGAAAGCACUUGCAAUCAGAAAGGAAAUUGGUGACAGAAAGGGAGAAGCAGCUGACUACGGAAACUUAGGAGCAUUGUUUUAUUCACUGAGUGAAUACGAAAAGGCUAAAGAAUACACCGGGAAAGCACUUGAAGUCAGGAAGGAAAUUGGUGACAGAAACGGAGAGGCAGUUGGCUACGGAAACUUAGGAGCAUUGUUUCAUUCUCUGGGUGAAUACAAAAAGGCUAAAGAAUUCAUCGAGAGAGCACUUGCAAUCAGAAAGGAAAUCGGCGACAGAAAGGGAGAAGCAGCCGACUACGGAAACUUAGGAACAUUGUUUCAUUCAUUGGGUGACUACAAAAAGGCUAAAGAAUACUCUGAGAAAGCACUUGAAAUCAAAAAGGAAAUUGGCGACAAAAAGGGAGAAGCAGCUGACUACGGAAACUUAGGAACAUUGUUUCAUUCACAGGGUGUAUACAAAAAGGCUAAAGAAUACAUCGAGGGAGCACUUGCAAUCAGAAAGGAAAUCGACGAUAGAAAGGGAGAAGCAGCUGACUACGGAAAGUUAGGAACAUUGCUUCAUUCACGGGGUGAAAAUGAAAAGGCUAAAGAAUACACCGAGAAGGCACUUGCAAUCAGAAAGGAAAUUGGUGACAGAGAGGGAGAAGCAGCUGACCACGGAAACUUAGGAGCACUGUUUCAUUCACAGGGUGAAUACGAAAAGGCUAAAGAACACACCGAAAAAGCACUUAGCGUCAGGAAGGAAAUUGGUGACAGAAACGGAGAAGCAGUUGGCUACGGAAACUUAGGAACAUUGUUUCACUCACUGGGUGAACACAAAAAGGCUAAAGAAUACAUCGAGAGAGCACUUGCAAUCAGAAAGGAAAUCGGCGAUAGAAAGGGAGAAGCAGCUGACUACGGAAAGUUAGGAACAUUGCUUCAUUCACUGGGUGAAAAUGAAAAGGCUAAAGAAUACACCGAGAAGGCACUUGCAAUCAGAAAGGAAAUUGGUGACAGAGAGGGAGAAGCAGCUGACUACGGAAACUUCGGGGCAUUGUUUCAUUCAGUGGGUGAAUACCAAAAGGCUAAAGAAUACACCGAGAAAGCACUUGCAAUUAGAAAGGAAAUUGGCGACAGAAAGGGAGAAGCAGCUGAUUACGGAAACUUAGGAACAUUGUUUCAUUUACUGGGUAAUUACGAAAGGGCUAAAGAAUACACCGAGAAAGGACUUGCAAUCAGAAAGGAAAUUGGUGACAGAAAGGGAGAAGCAGCUGACUACGGAAACUUAGGAACAUUGUUUCAUUCACAGGGUGAAUACGAAAAGGCUAAAGAAUACACCGAGAAAGCACUUGCAAUCAGAAAGGAAAUUGGUGACAGAGAGGGAGAAGCAGCUGACUACGGAAACUUAGGAAUAUUGUUUCAUUCACAGGGUGAAUACGAAAAGGCUAAAGAAUACACCGAGAAAGCACUUGCAAUCAGAAAGGAAAUUGGUGACAGAAAGGGAGAAGCAGCUGACUACGGAAACUUAGGAACAUUGUUUCAUUCACAGGGUGAAUACGAAAAGGCUAAAGAAUAUACCGAGAAAGCACUCGCAAUCAGAAAGGAAAUUGGCGACAGAAAGGGAGAAGCAGCUGACUACGGAAACUUAGGAACAUUGUUUCAUUCACUAGGUGAAUACGAAAAGGCUAAAGACACCGAGAAAGCACUCGCAAUCAGAAAGGAAAUUGGCAACAGAGAGGGAGGAGCAGCUGACUACGGGAAGUUUAGAACAUUGUUAGAUUCCCAAAGUGAACUUGACAAAGCUGGAGUACAUUUUCGCAAGGCUCUCUCAAUUAUCAAUGUUAUUGGUGAUAGUAUGAGCGAGUUUAAAACUGUUGGCGGUCUAACGGUUUUGAAGUUUAUUAAGUUUAAUUUGCAAGAAGCUUUUUCGUAUCUUUAACAAUAGAAUAAAAAAAAUCCAAAAAUUGCGACGCUUUUUAAAAGAGAACAAUUACUAUAAAAUACCUUUGAUGGAGGAGCAAUGUGCCUUUCCCUAUAAGAUUCUCAGUAAUGUUACGGGAAAAUUUAGGGAUUUUUCCGUGCGUUUGUUUGGAAAUAUUUUCGCAUAAACUUUUCAUGUUAACCAUUUUCGAUUUAUUCAAGUUCUUUCGUUUUAGUAUUUAAAAAACUAUAGAAAACCACAGUAGUUUUGAAUUGCCAACUAUUACAUUUUGCUUGUUACUUUGCCUUUCAUUAUGCACCUGUAUGUCGGUACUUUGAUGACCAGUACUGUUGAAAUUGCACGUAAAUGUAUAGGUGUCAAUGCUCUCUGGAAAUAAAAAUUUUACCCCGUUAUUGUUGCGUUCCCUGCAAAAGUUCAGUUAGUGCGUCACAGUAAAUUGGUUUCUGUUACCGGGAAUCCUGAAGUUUCUCUUAACGUUGAAGAACUCAGACGAGAAAGAGCUCUAGCGGACUUGGUGACGGCUUAAUAUUGUGCUAAACAGCCUCGGUCCUCAGGCAAUCCACAAUCAUUGUUUAGCAUCCAUGAUAGCAAUAAAAAUUAAGCAAAUUGUAUUUUUGUUUACCGUUCGGUUGAUGAUGAAGAUGUACGGAUUUGGGUUCUCAAAACAAGUGAAGAAAUUCUUUCCCGGCGUAAAACGAGAAUGGAUUUCAGACAGAUUUGGAAAUGCUGGGUCAGUCCCCAACUUGAAAGUGCGGAGAGUUUCCGCUACUUUGCUAUCCUACCCGCAGAGAAUUACGAAGAUCGCUCUUUAAAUGACGAACCUGUUUUAACGUUAUUUCGCGAUGUUAGGGGAUUGCCUCUAUCCCACGAUAAAACUGAAGAUAUUAAAACAAGUCUGCGUUUUUUCCACAAAAUAAUUAUCGCUCCCGUGGCCGAUUUUUUGAAAGAGCCUGAAAUUAUCAUUGUCUCCGAUAGCUGUAUGCACAAAGUGCGAUUUGCAGCCUUACUUGACGAGGGAGGAAGAUAUUUGUCUAAAAAAUUUAGGUUCCACAUCGUUCCUUCUUUGACGGCCCUUAAGGUCAUUCAGGAUAGUCCCUCAAGCUAUCACAGUAAGACUGGGGCACUGAUAGUGGGUGAACCUGAGGUGAGAGAAGUGAUUGACAGGGGAAAACAACAGAUCCUCGAUCCAUUGCCAGCUGCAAGAAAAGAAGCUGAAGUGAUUGGAAAAAUGCUUGGCGUCGUCCCAUUGUUAGGGAAAGAUGCAACAAAGGAGGCGGUUCAUGCAGAUUGGAGAUAAUGUCCCAUUGAGGUAGGUUUUAAGGAAAAGGGGAAAGGCUUGUAGUUAAAAAAAAAACGCAAAAAAAGGCCCCUCGGGAUGGGAAUCUACUAAGGCCUAAAUCUACUGUUUAUGACAUGUUAGAGGGAGCCAGAUUUAAAUGUAAAAUCACUCACGUUAUAGCAGGUCAGGGAGACACUCGAGUUUUGGAUGUGCCUGUUCAUUGAUAUCAUGUUGGAGUGUAAAGGGAGAUAUUGAAGCGCAUUUUCUCAAAUAUUACGAUUUGGACAUGAAAGUCGCCUUAAAGAUUCACACGCCCUCCCUCCCCCCCCCCCUCAUUUAUUUCAUUUUAUGGAGUAAAGAAAGUAUAUAAGUUGGUUAUGGUAAAGGAGGGAUUCGUGUUGUAUCUCGUAUGGUUCUCUUAGGCAUUCUACUAUUGUUGGAAAGGCGAACGAGACAAAUGGAAGAGUAUCUUAAAUGACGGCAGGCAGUAAGUUACUGACAGACGUAGAGGGUCUUAAUUCCAAAGCGAGCUGCUGCGAGUAAAUUCUCUCAAAUUCCGCGUCAAGGAAGUAUAUAUAACGGCGUAAUAUGUGACUAACACAGUCCAUAUACUGUAAGAUUUUACGCCACUAACUGAGUCGGUUGAUUAAUUAUAAUAUAUAAAUAUAUAAUUAAAUAAUAUUACUGACGUAAAAUUUAAAUUAUAUAUAUCACCGACUGGAAGAAAUUACGCCGUUAGUUACUGGCGUAAAAUCUUACAUGUAUACAUCACCGACUGGAGGAAAUUACGCCGUUAGUUACAAGCGUAAAAUCUUACAUAUAUACAUCACCGACUGGAGAAAAUUACGCUGAUGGUUACUGGCGUAAAGUCUUACAUAUAUAAAUCACCGACUAGAGGAAAUUACGCCGUUAGUUACCGGCGAAAAUCUUACAUAUAUACAUCACCGACUAGAGGAAAUUAGGCCGUUAGUUACUGGCGUUAAAUCUUACAUAUAUACAUCACCGACUGGAGGAAAUUACGCCGAUGUUUACUGGCGUAAAAUCUUACAUAUAAACACAACCGACUGGAAGAAAUUACGCCGUUAGUUAUUGGCGUAAAAUCUUACAUAUAAACACAACCGACUGGAAGAAAUUACGCCGUUAGUUCCUGGCGUAAAAUCUUACAUAGUUACAUAAAUCACCGACUGGAAGAAAUUACGCCUAUUAUAUCUUACAUAUAUAUAUAUAUAUAUAUAUAUAUAAAUAUUAUGAGAGGAAAAAAGGACGCAACUACAUUUCCCGACAAGCCUGUUUCGUGAAUUGCUUCACUCUUCAGGGGUUUAAUGAAAGAAUAAUCAUGUGACUAUCGUGUAUAUACUAGGAAAAUUUACAUAAUACGCGGUAAACUUAAAAACUUUAAAGUUCAGCUGUUGCGUAGCAACGCUUUGAUUCUGUGUCGGCAUGAAGAUACGAGUUCGUUACGCUUAUUUAGUGAUGAGAGGUCGGGUCGGUAGUUCGGUAGAGUUUUUGUGCUUGGCGUGGCGGAAUGAUGCGGUGUGAUUUCUGUAUCUUGUUUUGAAGUCGGUUUCUGUGAGUCCAAUGUAUGUUUCAGAGGUGUUGUUGUCGUUCCGUUCCAACAAGCGCAUCUUACACUCGUCUCACUCAUCUUACACGAAAGACAAAAGAACAAUUGCCCGCUCAAUGGUAACUGCUUUCAAUCUUCAGUCGUUUAUCAAGCCAGUGCAAUGGUUGAUUAAACGCCAAAUAUAUUCGAAAUAUGGCUUUCCGAACCUUAAUAUUUAGCCUACAUAUAGUUUAUAGUCUUACCUUUCACAUCCUGGAAGGAAUUUUCGAUAUAUUGACUAAACAGCUAGUCUGAGAGUCUUAAACAAGUAAUUGCAGGGCACCAGUCUUGGCGUACUAUGAUCCAGAGAAAGACAACCUGAUCCAGUCGGAUCCUUCAAGGUAUUGGAUGUGCUGAUCAAACAGUAGACCAGUGUGCUAUGCAAGUCGGUCACUAACCGAGACUGGUCGCGUUACAGCAACAGAGGCUACUUGCCGCCUGUUGGUCAUUAGAAGUUUUCAACCACUAUGUCUUUGGCAAAAGUGUCAUAGAACAGACCAUAAGCCGCUGGAAGCAUAUAGAAGACCAUAAUGGAGUUCACAUGACUGCAGGCUUUUUGCUGAAAAUGGCAAAAUAUGACGUAGAAAUUAGAUACAUACAGGAAAACCAAUGUAAUAGCGGAUUUCAAGGGGUCAGUUACAUGGAACCUCCUCAAAGAAGACGAAGUGACUUUGCUUGAAGUCAACGCCAUCACAAGCACUCUACACCAGCAAGUCGCCAAACUGGAAAGAAAUACGACAGUGCGGCGACCAAGACGUCCUUAAUGUUGGCCACCAUGACCAGAAUAUCGAACGAAUGCCCCAAGACUUAGGAGUUUGGAAUUUCAGAAGGAUCUCAGCGUUGAAAAAUGGCCUCGUUCUCAAAGACACCGCCUCGUGAUUCCUAGUGGCUCCGCCCACAGAUGUUCAAAUAAUACACCAGGACACAUGGGAACUUUCACAUCCUGGAAGGAAUAACAGCCAACUGUGCCACAUACAUACAAUUCUCUAAACAGCAGCCAAAGGAAGCGCUAUGUCCCCACAGUGUGCCAGUUUUCCGUAAGCAGAAACUUGGUUGCGAUUUGUUUGACUACCAAGGUGCACAAUAUCUUCUAGUCGCAGACUACUACAGCAAAUACCCCAUCUAAGGAAGGCUGAACUCAACGACAUCUGCUGCUAUUAUCAAUCAUCUCAAGUCAAUAUUUUGCCGAGCAUGGAAUACCAGAAUCCUGGUUACAGACAAUGGACCCCAAUAUAGCAGUCGAGAAUUUGCUGCAUUCUGUGAUCAUUGGGGCAUUAAUCACAUUUACCAGUUCCCCACUAUAUCCAAAAAGCAAUGGAUUCAUAGAACGGAUGGUCCAGACAGUAAAAAACCUGUUGAAGAAAUCAGAUGCCGCCGGACAAGAUCCUUAUCUCGCACUUCUAUCGUAUCGAACCACGCCUAUUGACAGCAACCUACCCUCACCAGCUAAGGUUCUAAACCAAAGAGAUUAUCACACACAACUACCUUUGCAGUGGACGACUACAAGCUCUCAAACCAUGGAAUGUAACCAAGAGCAACUACAGCAUCGACAAGAUGUCCAGAACAGCAGUAUGAUUGGCCGUGUUGUAAAGGAAACCAUCUAGAUUGACUUAUAAACUUCGUUGCAGACUGAAAACAUUUCAGUUUUAAAGCUAUUAUUAUAAGCUGUCGUUGUGUUAUACCUAACUAGCCAAACAUUUUGUAUUGUAGUUAGUCCUUUGCCACCCAUUAGACUUUUCAGGUGGAGAUGUAAACAUAUCAGGUCUGCGGUUAUAGGUCUCCUUGCAUGCGUUAUGCAGGGGCACAUGGCAGGCUUGACGUUGUGUGGUUAUCGUUCUUGUUUUGAGAAUUCUGGUUGUACCACUGUUUACAAUAAAAGAAGUUGACAGUAACUGAGGCCCAAUCACAUUACAGACUGAAGAUUGAAGGCAGUUAACCAUUCCGUCUUGUUGUCUUUCGUGUAAGAUGAGUGAGACGAGUGUAAGAUGCCGACAAAAGAACAAUUGCCCGCUCAAUGGUAACUGCCUUCAAUCUUCAGUCGUUUAUCAAGCCAGUGCAAUGGUUGAUUAGCAUAAAAAUAUUCGAAAUAUUCGAUAUAUUGACUGAACAGCUAGAAAAAGGAUAUUUUGUAAAGAGGUGUCGCGGUAUGCUGGAAAAACUUACAAAGAAUGUAUGGGGCUUAACAGCCUGGCCUUCAAAGUGCUUACCUACUCGGCCAAGAUGGCCGCCAAAACCGUCACUUCAACCAUUCUGUUUUAACACAGCUGCCAACAACUUUUUCAAUAGUUCACCUUUUAAUCUGCAAGGGUAAAUCUGGCCAACUGAGAUGCAACAAAGAGGGAAAGAUACAUGUUCUGUCUACAAACUGUGGCAGGCUAGAUUCUUACACAUGUCCUCACUGAAUGACUACUGACACCAACUGGGAAUUCUCUCGCUCAAGUGCAGCAAAUCUGCCAAAGUAAUUCUACCUGUGAGCUGGAGGCAACUAAUGUGUUUUUCUUAGAUGAUCCGUGUAUGGGAACAUAUAGGUAUCUAUUUGUUGAAUAUCAAUGUCAAGGAGACUGGACAUUCAGAAAAUUUAAGGUAACUUAACCCUUAAAGUCUCAAGAUCUGAUUUUUAAUUCUUACCUCUAGCUGCUACACAAUUCCUUGUAAAUAAAUCACGAGAAUUUGGUGUUAGAUCAAGACUACUACUUCCUACCUGAUAAGUUUGAGUAUUCUCAUUACAUGUUGGCUGGAUAAUGUGUGGAUGUUACAGGGAGAAGUUACAUGUUCAUCACUUAUGGGAGUUAAAGGGUUAAGAGACUUAAUCUAAGACAAUCCGAAGUCUGUACCUAUGCUCCCAGCCUCCUCUCCCUGAGUAUAGAGGUAUACUACUGCGGCCAUAUUUAAAAAUUUUACCUAUGUGCUUGAUGAUACUGAUUGCACUUGAGUACCACCUGCCAAUAAGGCCACAUGGAUUGCAAGAAAAGAGCAAUGCAGGGCAGUACCUUCCUUGCUAAAAGCGCAAAAAUGAAAUAACCAUGGAGAAAUGAAGAUGUACAGAAAAUAUUACUGACAGUGGUAAAACUGCUUGCUAAACAUUUCAGCUAAGGCUGUGGGGGGAAGUGCGGGGGAAUUUAUCUUGUAUGAUAGGACAAUAGACUGAGAAGCUACAGUAUCAGACUGUUCUGCCAACAAAUGGACUGCAAUAAAUAAUAGUAAAGGCAGCAAGUAGAGUUUCAAUGGAGUUUAAUUUGUCAAUCACAAGCAUGAUUACAGACCAACUUCAAUGACACAAAAUCCUGUUACCAAUUGAUCAUAACCAUCACAAUUUAAACAAAAAAAACAGUAACAUUUAUUUGAGAAGAUAUCUCUGGUAGAGACAUUUUCUUAAGAGAAAAAUUGUUCCAUUUUGGAAAUUCCCCUGGUUUGUAGGGUAGUUAAGUAGCUGUUGCUAUGGUUAUUGUAAUCAAUCCUGUUUCAAAAUGUUUUGAAGAUUGCAUCAGACUAUGCAAAAGUGGGCGACUGUGAAAAGUUCUUUAACCCUCUAACUCUCAUGAUCUCAUUAGUAAUUCUCCUUACUGUCUGCCAAACAGUUCUUGUGAUGUUAGUUUUGAGAAUUUGGUGUUGGAUCAACUAAUAAUCCCCUUACUAACAUUCUUCUUUAUUCUCAUCACUAGUCUGCUUGAUAUUGUAUCGAUAUUGUAAGGAGAAAUUCUGUCUUGGUCACACAUGGGAGUUCAUGGGUUAAGGGCAUUAGAGGUAAUUAUUUUGAACAGAGUAGCAGGCAACCUGUUAACAAGUAGCCGGAAGAACUCUGGCAGUUGCUUGCUUGUUUUGAAACCCCGGCUUAAUUCUCUAAAGCAGAGCUAUCAACAGCAAUGACUUUGCACAUAUGAACUUAUGUAAAUGAAUAUGUGCAUGUUACAGGUAUUAAAUUUUUUAUUAUUAUUACACAGUCAGGCAAUAAACAUUGUUAAUGAUUAAUCACAGUCAAACACUAGAUGACAGGUGACGUAAGCCUGAAAAAACACAGGCUUGAGAUAAAAAAAACAACUACUUGAAUUCUUUUGGUAUAGGUAAUAACAUGACUUCAAGCGCAAUUCAGUGUGAAUAAGCAUGGAACAAUUUUCAAAGACAACCAAAAUUUGUAGUCUGAAAAAUUUACAAGUCCUUAUUUACAGCAAAUUACAUGUUAAGAAAUUAUGUUAUUAACAGUAAUAUUUACACCAAAAAAGCAUUGCAGAAAGUCAGGACAGACAAACUGUUGAGAGUGUGCGCUUUAUUUGUAAUUUGCAAUUAUGCUCCAAUCAGAAGCAGAUACUUUUUUUAUAUACAUUUUAAGGGUGCAAUAUCACAAUCAUUGACCCUGUCCUUCCUUAUGGCCUCACACACGCAACAGAGAGAUCAGACCUCAGAUAAGGCAUGAAAAACAACUCAAAAAACACUAAAACAAUAGGGAUCCAACAGAAACACAUGCAAGGAAAUUAAUUCAAGCAAACUCUAACUUAAAGCUGUGUGGAGUAAUUUAGACUGUCAUGUAGUAAAAUCAAAGUAUCUCUUGCUAAAUUUACCCAACUGACUCUAGAGGAACAGACUACAAUCCUAAAAAAUAAUCUGAUGACGUGACAGUAUUGUAAAAAAAAUGUUAUUCCCAUAUUUUUUGUGUGUGCAAGAGGAACAUGAUAGGAAGUGUGUUAUUGCAUCAGAGGGUCUAUAAUUUUCAAGGGAUGACAAUUUCUGAUCAGAGCAUGUCCAUCCAAAAUCUUUUUUGAGAGGCUGCUUUCGAUCCAGUAGCAAGCAGCCAUGUUGAAGAAACUUUUUGCACUACAAAAGAACUUUAAUCUCUCAAAACAGAUUUGAAAGCCAUCAUGGCUGCCAUCCAUUUGUUUUGGUGACCAAAUAAGGCAGCCUUAACCCUCUGACCCCUAAGAGUGAUUAGCAUCUAAUUUCUCCAUGCAAUAUCUCCCUUGAAUCACACAGCAAGGUCACAAGAAUAAAGGAAAUGAUCACCAACUUAAGAUGCUCUUGAUUGGUAAACAAAUUCUCCUUGUCAGCACCUUAAAGAUGCAUAGAGAACAGUACAGAGAAUAUGGAUACUGAUGUUUGGGUGUAAAGUGUUUAUAAAUAAUUGAUCAUUCUUGUAAACCAGUAAAUCAGAAAGUAAAUUUCAAAUGUUUAAUUAUUUAAAAUCUAAAUGAUAAUUACACACACAGCAUCUUCGUGUUGCGUGCUGCGUUCAUCAUCUUCAUAAUUACUUGAAGGAACACCUUAAAAAUGUUCUGGACAAAGCCAGUUUUCAAGGUAAUUUCGAUUUUCGACACCAGUAGCUGAUUAAAAUAUUUUCUCAAUUAUGAUACCAAGUAACUUGAGUAAAAAAAAUAGCAGCAAAAAUGUAAAUUUUCCCUGAGAGAUCAUGCUAUCAGAAUCAUUAGUAAAUUCAAUCCAUCAAGGUAAUAUUCAUGUUUAAAUACUGAGCAAAACCUCUAAAUAGCAGCAUAACUAUGCACUACAAUUUCUAUAAACUCAGGGUAAAUGCAUAAGCCAUUCACAAAGUGAAAUUAAAGACUUGAGUUUGGACCUUUGACUCCUAUUUCACUCCUUGCUGAGUUGAUAUUUCUGACAACUUUCUCCUGGAAGAGGAGAUCAUUACUAUUCACCAUAUUUUCAAUCAUGCUAAAGUGAUCUACUCCUGGUAGCUCAAGCAAAGAACACUGAACAUUAUGACUUUUUAAGAUUUCAACAAAUUCUUUAGCCUGUCUAUGAAACUCUGGGGAACCAUGCUCUUCCAUCACAACCAAAAUAGGACACACAAACUUUGGUGACAUCUUUAUCAGAAUUUGUUGAGGACUGAUUUGCGCAGCAGAUUCCUCUGUCAGUCUUAAUGCAUCAUUAACAUAAGUAUUUACAAUCGGUACCAAAUCAAAAAAACCUGAUAACAAGAACAUACCAUGAAUGGCUCGUGGGAUCAAAGGAUCUUUGCUCCAGUCUGACACCAUCAUCAUAGCACACAAAUGUGCCCCAGCUAAAUGGCCACACAAGAACAGUUUGGACUCUGGAAACCUGGUAUUGAUAUAUUUUACUGCUGACUUUAUUUCACUAACCAUCUGAUUCAAGCUUGCUUCUGGUGCAAGGUUAUAACCCACCACUGCCACAACACAACCAGCUUUAGUCCAUGAUUUACUAACAAAGCUGUAAAUCUUCCUGCUCCCUACUUGCCAGUACCCACCAUGAACAAACAGUAUUACUGGUGCAGAACUACCACCAAUUUUUUUCACAGAACAGCUGUCUCAUCAGUCUCUUGUGAAGGAUAGAAUAUAUCCAUCUUAGCCUUUUUUUUCACCAUAACAGACACUCAGUUCAAGGUGAGAAUUUUUGUGAGUAAUUUGACUGUAGCUAGUACAGAAUGUUUACAUGGUAAUCUACCACUUUUCCAGGGUUCACUUGCUUAUUCCACAUGCUUGGAGAAUAAUACUGUACCAGCCACUCAUUCUUUUCCUCAUCCAUGUUUGAAACAUUCAAUGAGAAGUACACUAGCCUGCAGAUCAAAAAGUUUUUUUGGAGAGUUCUAAAUGAAAAUCUUAUAACUCUUGCCUAGUUCUAAAGACAUUCAGAAAAUUACCAAAGACAUCCCAAAGAGUUCUGACACAAUCUCAUCUCAAGAGAGAGCAUGAUCAUUGACUUCUCUCUUCUUUGUUUGGUGCAGGAUUUUUUUAUCAAUGCAUCUUUAGAAAGGUGUCAGUUGAUGCAAGGCUGUUAUUGUGGAAGGUUUUUGUUCCAAAUAUGAGCUGGUGAGUAUGAGCUGUGAGCUGGCUAGUGAUCAUAUUAUUUAACAUAAGGGUGUCAGAAUUACACCCAAAGAGCAACAGUUGUAAGAUUAUACAUAUAUUAAUUUUAAGAUAGCCAGCUACAAUAAAAUACGCAAUAAAAAGUACAGGCCUGUUAGAGUUUUUUCUUUGUGUCUCAGUGGAAACCAACGUGACAGUGACAUUUCGCUUUUUACGAACACAGCCAAUAAUUUUCUGAUGAUUUAGAUGUGGGAAUACUACUGCAGAGCACACAGAUGGGGAAUACAGGGAUCGAAAUCUGUGAAUGUAUUACAGCCAUACCAAAGGCACGAAGUCAUAGGACCAGAUAGGCAAUAAUAAAAUGCUGGCAAUUAGAUGUUUCCCAAUAUCCUUGCUAAUUUUAAGAUCACUGCAGGCACGAGAACAAUCCUGUUUGUAGUAAAUAAACGGUAGAAUAGAAAGUUUAACAAGUUGAGUUAAACUUUUCAGCGUUUCGUCCCACUCACUUACAAAACAGUUGUGAUUUACUGUCUGACCCUACUGCCUCCUUGUUUCCACGCAAACUAUGUUCUGUUAGGAGGCCAGAGUGUUUAACCGAACUGAAUAAUUUUAAGACCUCGUUAGUAACCUAAAUCACUUAAGUUAAACCGAAUAUCACUCCGAAAGGCACUUUAAUAUCAAGGAAAUUAAUUAAGUACCGAGUACUUACCACAAAAAUGUCCAAAAAUCUUCAAAUGUCUCAGCUUUCUAGGAAGAGGAACGCAAGACGUGGAACCAAAGUGAGUCAAGAAGAAAUGGGGGGAGGGGAGGGUAAGGUAAAUCGAUGUUUCCAUUUUCUGUGGCUAAGGUUGUUCGCUUCUCUCAAAAUGUGGCAAAAGCUAACUUCGAAAACUGCGGGACACAAUCAGAAACAAAUUGUGAUGAAUUCUCUUUCCAGUCGAUAAAUGUUCUAUGAUGACGUGAGGAUGAACAAUAAGGGGUGGUUGAAAACAUCAUAGUCACGUGACGCAUUUUCCCCCGGCUAGCAAACUUUCACUUUUCGAAAGCGAAGAACGCGGUAAGUACUGUCUGUUCCGUUUGUUCUAUAUUAUAGAAAUUUUACGACUCAUGCAUCAGUUUUGGUUCGUUUUAAAUGACUUAAGCGUAAUCUGUUAAUACGGUGAGUUAUUUCCUUGAUGAAUCUCCAAUAUCCACGUUGUGGUCGCCUAAAUAACUGCGGUGGAAGGAAAAUAGUGGCAUCAAGCGAGUCUAAAGAGAAAUUUCAGAGAAUCUAAGAUAUCUUGGUGAUAUCUACGUCAAUGCUUCUAAACUGCCUUAAACAUCGUACUUAAAUACAUACCUGAGCUUUACUUCUCUGAAUAAAUCUGAUGUCUCCAACUUGGCUGCUACCGAGCAAACUUCAAGCCGGAAGUAUCUUGCUCUCGUUUGCAGGUAAGAUUUUGUUUGAGAAGCGCAGACAUGCGGACUGUACGUUGCUCCAGUUGUUCCUUGAAGUGCUUUAUGCUUAAAAAUCCACAGAAAAAGAUAAAAAAAGGUUGAUUUUCGCCUUGUCAUCCAGUCUAGCUUUCAAUCCGCGAGUUCGUUUCCCGACCAGCGGGUGGCUGAUAGAGGCUAGAUUAUGAUUUAUGUCGGAGUUGGGCCUCGAGUUCCAUGUUUAUGUGUUUAAGACCUUGAUUAGGCUGAAGAAUUUCUCUCUCUUCGAAUUCAUGAUAGGUGCAUUGUGUUGUAACUUGUUAGUGAAACAACCUGCAUUUUUUUUCGAAUGGAAAGUCGUGCCUCAGCAUCGCUUUUAUCUGGAUUUCAAUCACUAGGCCAAGAGAUUUGAGACAGUUCUUGUACGUAACUUUGUUGUUGUGAAACUGUAAGUUCAUCAUGUUAACAGCUUCUUUUGACUUUAAACCAAAUACUAGAGUUCAUCGGCUGAUUUUGAUCCCCAAUUCCUCGCUAAUUACAAAAACUUUCCAAAACAUGAAUAAUUAUGAUAUAUAAGACUAAGUAAGUCAAGCGAAACCAAAUACAUUAGGCAAAUAACCAAUUUUAUUGUUUUUUUAGAGGGCACGGUAACGAAUCCUGCAAUCUGAUUGGUUCUUUACCCGGUCAGUAUUUUCCUAUCUCUGCCCACGGGCCGCGGUAACGCUUUCGUGAGUCGCCGAGUACAUCCCAACUUUCGUUGUCAUUUUUCAUAGAUAUACCUCGUUUUCCGGCUGAGCAGAAUUUUUAAGCAAACACGUCGGUCAAAGAUAAAUCAUCUUUAUCGUUACGGAAAUGAAAAUGUUUCGCUGAGGCAUCUCUCUUUAAUUUGCAUCACCGCUAUUUUAACUACCCAUUUACUCCCUCAAAAAUUGUUCAGUUUAUGGAAGAUCUUGCCGUAUUUACAGCCCUAAAUCAUUCGGGUUCUUUCGGAAAGAAUUUCGUCAAGUUUUAAAACAAUAAAUAUGUUAUUUACCGGCUAAGGGUCGGUCCGUAUGGUGAAAAACUGUGACCUCGGUCUUCAAAAUGCUGCCCUCGGCCUACGGCCUCGGGCAGUAUUUUCAAAACCUCGGUCACAGUUUUUCACCAUACGGACCUCCCAGCCGGCAAAUAACAUAUAUAGGACAGAAGGAAAUUUUGGUGAGCCACUUGUCUUCAAAUCAACCGAAUUUCUUUAGUAAGAAACUAUUAAAUCAAGUGGCUGCAAACGGAUCUAACACAGCUGAUUUAAAUCCUCAGAUUAAAGUUGUGUCAUCCAUUUCGCUCGAACAAUCGGGGAAAGUUCGUAAUGGACAACUCAGGAUAACUUAUGGAAAACUUCUCUGUGGCCUUGACUCUGGCUAUACAUUUAACAGUUGGCACUUUCCUGUGAAAAGUAUUGAGUAUUGAAUCAAGCGGCUGCAAACGGAUCUAACAAAGUUAAAUUAAAUCCUUACGCUGUCUCAUUCAUUUCAUUCGAACAAUCGGCAAAAGGUCGAAAAUGGACAACGUAGAAGAACUUAUAGAAACCUUCUCGAUGGUUAUUGGGUUAGUGGUUGCCACCUUCCUCCUGAACACUGGUCGUGGCUUACAAGCCAUGAUGUUAUGCGAAGAAUGUCUGAAUUUUCUAAAAUCUGACGAGCUUAAAUCGAGGACCCGUUUUCAAAUUAUCAUGGCAGUCUAUACGCUAAUGCUCCAGGCCGCUUGCAUGGCUUCCAAUUACACAUCUGCAGAAAGAUAUGCCAAGGAACUUCUUGAUAUGUACCAUGCCUCUGGUGACACAAUUGAAGAAGGAAAAAUGACUUUCAAACUGGGAAAGAUAUAUGAGAGCCAAAAUGAGUUUGAAAAGGCAAAACAAUAUUAUCAGAAGGCAAUUGAUAUGACCAAAUGUACUGCUGACAAAAAAAUUGAGGCAAAAUGUUACCUAGCCAUGGGAAAUAUAUCUUAUUCCCGUAGUGAAUAUCACAAAGCUAAGAAGUAUUUCGAGAACGCACUGGCAAUCACAGUGUCCUAUGGUGACAGAAUUAGGGAAGCUACCAUUUACGGAAACCUAGGUACUGUCGUUCAGUCACUUGGGGAAUACGACAAAGCUGAGGAAUAUUAUAAGAAAGCACUUGAGAUCAGGAAAAAAACUGGCGACAGAGAAGGAGAAGCAGCUGACUACGGAAACUUAGGAACAUUGUUUCACUCACUGGGUGAAUACCAAAAGGCUAAAGAAUACACCGAGAAAGCACUUGCAAUCAGAAAGGAAAUUGGCGACAGAAAGGGAGAAGCAGCUGACUACGGAAACUUAGGAACAUUGUUUCACUCACUGGGUGAAUACGGAAAGGCUAAAGAAUACACCGAGAAAGCACUUGCAAUCAGAAAGGAAAUUGGCGACAGAGAGGGAGAAGCAGCUGACUACGCAAACUUAGGAGCAUUGUUUCAUUCACUAGGUGAACUUGACCAAGCUGAAGUACAUUUUUGCAAGGCUAUCUCAAUUUGCAAAGUCAUUGGUCAUAAUAUGAGUGAGUUUAAAACUCUUUGCGGUCUAACGGCUUUGAAGUUGGCUCAAUCCGAUAUCCAAGAAGCGUUUUCGUAUCUCUUUCAAUCUGUUGAAAAAUUCGAAAAAUUGCGACACUUCGUAAAAGACAAUGAUUACUUCAAAAUAUCUUUGAUGGAGAAGCAUGGUGCCUUUCCCUAUAAGACACUCAGUAAAUUGACUUUUAUUACCGAGAAUCCUGAACUUUCUCUUUACGUUGAGGAACUCAGACGGGCAAGAGCCCUUGCGGACUUAAUGAUGGCUCAAUAUUCUGCUAAACAGGCCCAGUUUUCAGGUGAUCCAAAAUCACUGUUUAGCAUCCAUGAUAUCAUUAAAAGAGAAGCAAAUUGUACUUUUGUUUACCUUUCGGUUGAUGAUGAAGAUGUAUGGAUUUGGAUUCUCAAAACAAGCGGACAGAUUCUUUUCCGGCGUAAAAAGGGAAUGGAUUCAGACAGUUUUGGAAAUGCCGGGUCAGUCCCCAACCCGAAAGUGCUUUUUUCGGAGAGUUUCCGCCACUUUGCCAUCCUAUCCACGGAGAAUUACGAAGAUCGCUCUUUAAAUGACGAACCUGUUCUAAAGUUAUCUGGUGAUGUUAGGCGAUCGCCUCUAUCCCACGAUGAAACUGAGGAUAUGAAAACACGUCUGCGUUUGUUCUACAAGCUAAUUAUCGCUCCUGUGGCCGAUUUAUUGAAAGAACCUGAAAUUAUCAUUGUCCCUGACAGCUGUACGUACCAAGUGCCAUUUGCAGCCUUACUUGACGAAGGAGGAAGAUAUUUGUCGGACAAAUUCAGGAUCCGCAUAGUUCCUUCUUUGACGGUCCUUAAGGUCAUUCAGGAUAGUCCUUCAAAC